GAGACAGCGAGAGCCGAAAUCAUUUUCCCUCUCAUACUGUGAGAACGCGUAGAAUCGCAUCUCUCCAAGUGGACGCGCGUCGGUUUGGUUUCACAACCCGAUUGAUUCGGUCGUGUCUGCCCAACGCCGUCCCUCCGUCCCCACGCUUCUCACCAAGAUCACCGACUUGCAUUUCGUCUGUGGCUAUGGGACCAUAAAGGAACAAAUUCCAUCGCACUGAAAAAAAAAUAGAAGUAAACAAAUACGACUAGUGAAGACACCUCACAAAAGAAAUGGAUAUGGAGACGCGCAGAGGAGAUACUCUAUAACAGACUGAACAAACCACAUCCAGGAUUUACUUCUCGACUUGAACACUUUUUGUUUCCAAAGGUUAUAGAAUUUUUCUUCUGCUAGAUUUCUUAGUUACACGCAAGGAUGAACCGAAACGAGAUGAGCUCGUGUUUGAGAUGCUGGAGCGUGCCGAUGCUCUCGGUCCUUCUGCUCUUCUUCUUGACACCGCUGUUUGCACAUGGUAUGUCUGUGGUGGGAAAUGAAACUGAGGUUGACAGUGCUGUUAAUGUGACUUCCUUGUCUACCGUGGAUGAGGAGGAGAAGAUAGAGGAGGUGUCACAGUUCACCAGCAUUUCCAGCUCCUCAGACCAGGCUCUCAGCGGACAAAAGUUUAGGGAUGAAGAAGUAGGCAGUGGCAUGCUGGAAGAGGUCUUCCAGCCAACUCCUGGAACUCCAACUUCCAGUGAAGGUGCCACAACCACUUUGGCAAGCCCAGAGAUCAUCAGAGAGUCUGCUGAGACCGAAAACUUCCUUCUCCAUGAGCCUGUCAGUACCUCCAUCGUGAAGGAGCAUGUCACCCCCUUCAUGGAGGAAGAGGAACACAAAACAGAAGAGGAAGCGACGCAGGAAAUGCCUACACUACCACCCUGGGAGGAUGCUGAAGAAGACAUGGAGACCACUGUGUUUGACCUCGACCAUGAAACGUCUCCCACAACCCCAUCCCCAACUAAUCUCCCUUCCCCGUCCGACGUCACCGUAGGUUUCUUUGACUCCGGCUCCCACCGCGAGAACCUUAGCCCACCGUCUCAUUCCCCACAUGAGCUUCAGGGGCGUGACCCCACCUCCUGGUCCAUGCCCGACAACUACGACUACAUGACACCCUACGACGACAGUGUGUCUCCCACCACUGAAGAUUACCCCUACAGCAGCACUACUGACUCUUACGACGAUGUCAUCUUCACUACUACUUCUUCCAAACGCUUCCCUCCUCGAUUGCCCUCCAACCCUGAUUUCCCUCUCCCCAAAUCCCCAAAAUCCACUGUGGGUGCAGGCCCCCGUGCUCCCCCGGGAGUGGUUGACUCCGUUAAUGGCUCAGAAUGUCGACAAGGUUUUGUCCGCACCAAUGGCUCCUGCAAGUCUCCAUGUGACCUGCAGCCCAACUACUGCUUCAACGGGGGCCAGUGCUACGUUAUGGAAGGAGCUCAAAUGUUCUGCAGGUGCAACAUCCAGGACUACAUGUGGCACAAGGGUGCCCGCUGUGAAUCGGUCAUCACGGAGUUCCAGGUAAUGUGCAUCGCCAUCGGGGCCUCCGCUUUCAUGGUGCUCCUGCUCUUCAUGAUCGUCGUUUGCUUUGCCAAGAAGCUGCACGUGCUCAAGACCGAGAAUAACAAGUUGCGCAAGCGCAGCAGUAAGUACCGUCCUUCCUCGGAGCACCACAAUGAUAAUUUCUCGUUGUCCACCAUCGCUGAGGGCUCCCAUCCAAAUGUAAGGAAACUUUGCGACACCCCUCCUAACCUCCCUCAUGCCCGUGCUUUGGCUUACUAUGAUAACAUUAUCUGUCAGAAAACCAUGAGCAGAUACACCUGGGAGUGUAAGACCAAAGAGGAGCCCGAAUGUGAGGAUGAUCCUAAUUCCCAGAACAAGCUGGAGGACCCCGUGAAGGCGCCCCCACCCAAAGAGGACGAGUCGCUGAACAUCCAGAACUCGCUCACCCCUAAGCACGAGAACCAUAAGGUGCUGGGCGAGGAGAACUCUUCGGAGGUAAACUCGCUGCAGAACAACAUGAUGUAGAACAGAAACAAAAGCACCCCACGCCACCACGUCCACGAUCACUUAAAUCAUCGAGCAGCAGACGCUCCGAGCAGCCACACCCACCACACCAUCACCACAUGACAGAAAACUUUAAAAACCCCGCCCCUCAUACCCACUCAGUCUCCGCCCUCCUGCCCCCCCCCCUUGUUGCAGUCUCUUUGCCCUGUAGUCGACCCGCCCCUGACCCAGCCCUUAUGUAUACACACACCUACCCCUGCCUAAAUUUAUUACGGCAUGCGUUGGUGUAUAUUGUAAAAAAAGAAUAAAAAGUAAAACGUAUUCGGGGUUUAAAAUAUAAAAUGUUGUCAUAAAAGAAAAAGCUACUGAGAGGUUUUGAUGUUUGUCUGACUAAUUCAGUGAGUAUGUAUAAAUAUAUGGAAAAAAUGCUUGGAUUGAUAUAAAGAAAAAACACAAUGUGUCUUUGUUUUGAUGUGAUUUCUAAUCCUUUGAUGUACUUGUUUUAUUUUGUACUUUUUUGGGAAUAUAAACUACGAAGAGAAAAAAUCUUGACAGUUGUUGAAAUAAACCUUUUUAACACUAA